UCGAUCAUUUUACACAUGUCUGGUGGUUUACUACCAACCCAAUCAAGAAAAAGCACAGUUCCUAUGGCAUUUCUUUCAAGUUUGUUGAAAUCUGCAAUAGCAGCAUCAGCAUCAACAUCUUGUAGAUCUGAUUUGGAGAGGCGGAUUGGCCUGCAACUGGACCAAGCUAUUAUUGAAGACAUUCUUAUUCCUACAAAUCUGGACGGAAACAAUCACUGCCCGUUGUAUGACACAGAUUCAGUCCUGAGGAUUUUCUCUAUUUUCUUGAAUCUUGAUGAGGAUGAUGAAGAGGAUAAUCAUCCAAGGGAUGAAAGCGAGAUGGUUUAUGACUUUGACAGCCUUGGAUCCCCAGAGCAAAGCUCGAUAAUUAAGGUGUCGAAACUCUUGGACAAUUAUCUUGCGGAAGUAGCAUUGGAUUCAAACUUGACUCCAUCAAAGUUCAUAGCACUAGUAGAAUUACUUCCAGACCAUGCUCGUAUGGUCUAUGAUGGACUAUAUCGAGCCGUAGAUAUCUUUCUCAAGGUUGGAGAUGUGAUUUUUGUGCUAAAAGAACUGUGCAAAGACAUGGUUGAUGUCUCGAAUAUGGGUUAUAUGGAGCAUGCGAUGGCGGAAAGGGGAAAUUAGGCAUC